UAAACAAAUUUAAAUAAAAUUAAAUCUUAAAUUAAUUCAUGGGACGUAUGUAAGCUAAGGGAAAGGGAAAGGGUAUUUCUGGUUCAGCCCUCCCAUAUAAAAGAAAAGCACCAAAAUGGUUGACCUUAUCAUCCAAAUCAAUCGUCGAUUAAAUUGUUAAUUUAGCCAAGAAAGGUUUGAAUGGAUCUCAAAUCGGAGUCUACUUAAGAGAUUAAUAAGGCAUCCCUUAAACCAGAUUCUUAACAGGUUAAAAGAUCUUGAGAAUCUUAAAGAAAAGAGGUUGUGCUCCAAAAAUCCCUGAAGAUUUGUACGCUUUAAUCAAAAAGGCUGUUUAAAUCAGAAAGCAUUUGGAGAAGAAUAGAGGUGAUAUUACCAGCAAAUUCAGAUUGAUUUUGGUUGAAAGCAGAAUUCAUAGACUUAGCAGAUAUUACAGAAGAACCCAAAAGUUGCCAUCAAAUUGGAAAUAUGUCUCAAAGACAGCUUCUGCCUUAAUUGGUUAAUGAGUUAGAAUAUAAAUACAAUAUGCAUAUAUUUUAAUAUUUUAUAUCACUUUUUU